GACGCUAGCCGUUUCCAUGUCUUUGUCCGGAAAAGUAGUUCGUUUCCUUCGCUCCAGUCGCGUGUUGAUGACGUAAGCAGUUGGCCGGCACGGCUGGGGCUGUGACGUGGCGGGUGGCGGAAGCAAUGCUGCGGCAGGACAGUAAUGAUGAUACAGAAGAUGUGUCACUCUUUGAUGCUGAUGAUAAAAUGUCCAGGAGGUCCAAGAAGUCAAAAAUCAAACAUCCAGUAGCUUCCUUUUUCCAUUUGUUCUUCCGGGUCAGUGCAGUGAUUGUCUAUUUACUCUGCGAAUUGUUCAGCAACAGCUACAUUGCCUGUGUGGUGACAAUAAUCCUUCUUCUGUCAUGUGACUUCUGGGCAGUGAAGAAUGUCACAGGGAGGCUGAUGGUUGGCCUCCGUUGGUGGAACCAGGUUGAUGAUGAUGGCAAGAGCCACUGGGUGUUUGAAGCCAGAAAGGCAUCUGCUCGGAGGAAGAAAGUCACAUCAGAAGCAGAGUCCAGAAUCUUCUGGUUAGGUCUGAUCACAUGUCCUUUGCUCUGGGUCAUCUUUGCUUUCAGUGCUCUGUUUUCCUUCAAAGUAAAGUGGCUGGCAGUAGUGAUCCUGGGUGUGACAUUACAAGGAGCUAAUCUUUAUGGCUAUAUCCGGUGCAAAGUGGGCAGCAGGAAGAAUCUAACCAGCUUGGCGACUUUCUAUCUAGGCAAGCAGUUCCUGCAGCAGACUGUGGCCAAAGAAGAGCAGACUGUAUCUUGAAGAUUACCAGUUCUCAAGAAUGGGAAAUAUUUCCUUGGCCCUCUGAACCAGAGAUUUAUAACCUAUGUGUUUUUUUUGUAAUUAAAUAAUCUUAUAGAAGUGCA